CAACAAAUUCAAAUCACAGCAUCAUGGGGGUAGCUACAAUCGAGGAAGCGGACGACCCGAAGUUGGCGCAGUGCCUUGCGAUCUUGGCGGGCAAGACCGACGAACACAAGUUUGCUGGUCUCUUGAUGGUCGCGAAGCACCUCCAGUGCGAGGAUGAAGCGGCCCUGCGACGUAUUCGCAAAGCUGUAUUGGACACAACCGGCGUGUCCUUCUUUGUGCGAUUGCUCCAAACGCAAGGAAGGGGUGGAUGUGCCGACAAUGUUGAGACAGACGCUCGAGUGUCUCCGUUUCAAUCGCUGGCACUCAACUUAAUCUCCAGCUUUUGCCAAGACACGUCGCUGGCCCGUGAAUUCGCGACUACGGCAGUGAUUACAGUCGUUCUCGACGUUAUUCCUGCAGCUGUGUCAACCGGCAACGCUGCCGUGCUGCAAGAUUGCGUCCACAUACUCCACGGAUUGCUCCCGUUUGACGCCCUUAAAAUGAAUGCAACGUGGAAAGCCACGUUGGUCCAACAAAUACAUCUCUGCUGCGUGUCGAAUACGGACUCCGAUCCAAUGCUGUGCCCUCUGUUGUCUGUGCUUCAAGCGAGUCCGGAAGUGUCCGCCGAUGCGCUCACCUCACUUUGCGCCUCAUUUGCUGCCAUUUCCACUCCUUCUACUGGCAAAGCCCGUCUACAAGACUACUUUAUCGCAACGUUGGAAUCGCACAGUCCUUCGACAAUCGCUUCAAACGUUGUUCUGCUCGCCCGUGGUCUAUUUGGCACGUGGCCUGCGCAUGUUCACGACGAUGGCGCCCGACGAGAUAGCUCGCUGCAGCUCCUUGCUCUGUUGUUGUCGUAUUGCGGCAGCAAUUGGCUCUUUCACUCGGAACUGCCUUGGGUACUCGUGUCGCUCCAGCUGGCCGCCAUCGAGGCCAAGCUGCUCUUGGACGAUGCCGAACGAAUCUUGAUCGACCACAUCGUGACCCCCACUCCACCUGAAGCAGAUGAAGUCAAGGUACUUCAACGCGUGCACAGUCUCCUUCCAGCAUCCUACGGCAUCCUCGAAUCGAUCUUGGGUGGCCUCAUGGUCGAAGAGAAUGCGUCGGCGCUGUCGCACACGACUCUACUUCAGCUCAAGGAGGUCUUGGGUCAAGUGUUCACAGUCGUGAUCGAAUUCAUCACGACAUGCCGCGACGCGUUGCGCAGUUCGCACUUGACUUUUUCCAUGAAAGACCUCGAUCCCAUCGUUCUCGCCACCAUUCGCGUGCUGGGGGCGUGGAUGGCCGAAGAGACAGACUUGCUCACGGACCAACUCGUCGCGUUGGUUCCGUUCCUGGUCACGUAUUCGCCCACUUCGAGCAUGCCGGUGUAUCCCAUGUCAAACGUCGAAGAGCCAUGGGACUCGGACGACGAAGUGGACGACGAGUCAUCGGCGCCUAGCCUUGCAACUGGGACGGACGUCAUGCAGUUCCUGCUCCCAGGGCUCCUGCAACUUACUGCGACGGAUGGUGGAGCCACUGCCGUUGCAACCGACGAUGCAGUGCUGCAGAAGAUCUUGCAAUUCACUGGAGUCGUUUGCACUCGCAUGGUCGCCGAGUCGACAGCGUCGAGUGCUCAUGGCGACUUGGGCGAAGGUGUUGGGACUCUCACCAUGUGCCUCGGCAUCUGUCUGAACGUGCUGCUUCUGGCUACACCUUCUUCAGCCUGCCAUCGGCUCUUCGUCAAGGCGCUGCCAAUGUGGCAAUCCCUCGCCAUUCUUUCGUGGCGCCACGUUGUGGUGAACAAUGCCGACGUGGAUGCUCGGGCCUCAGAUAUGUAUCUGAUGCUGUUGCACAUCGUGAGCGCGAUGGCGCUGGUUCAACCAACAGCGAUGGCGGCAACAUCCCAACUGGCAGCGUGUUCGACAUGGCUUAAGGACCAUCCCCCUUCAAUGGCAUGCGAAGGUGCAUGGGACUUGCACGAGCUCGCCAUGCGUGUCAUGAAGUGACCGAUUGUAGAGUAACUUCGCUGGAUAAAUUAAAAUCGAGACUGUGGCGGGAGGAUGGCUUGAACUGUGUGCUAGAGAAGAUGGACAUGCGGCGACGGCUACACGGACGACGCUAUGAUUUCUGCGGGCGGAGAUGUCGCGAGCCGAGCCCGUUUGUUGCCGGUGCUGGCAGCAACUUCGCGACAUCGACGUCGGGUAAGCGGUGGCGCCGGCGACUGCUGCAAGAGGGGCAUCUGCGAACUGUCACGACGAUGCCUCGUGGGCAUGCGUUGUGUUGGUAGACAUUCGUGCAAUUGGUUGUCCAACGAGUCGAACGUGUCCAGGUCUGCCAUGUGGUCGUGCUGGAGGAUGCGGGCAUUCAUGACAGGUGGCAUCGUCGUUGAGAGACCGCUGCAGUAGGCCGCUGUGGUCGUAGACAGAGACGCCGAUGUCGAGGAAGAGCUACAUGUCGGUGGGUUGCGUCGGACUCGCGCGUUCACAACAGCUCGGAUGAUUUGGUUGCUUGCAGGAAGUUCUAAAAGUUGCGCGGUUGGCAUGCUCGCUUGAGAUUGCUGCAGGAUGAUUGUGGUGUUGAUGGCGUACACGCUGUAGUUGCUAAAGGCAUCGGUGGGCAAUUGAUACCGGCACGUGGGACACGUGCUGUGGAGCUUCAACCAAGGGUCAAUGCAUGGCAUGUGGAACUUGUGACGGCAUGGGAGUUCGACGCAGUCGUUGUCAAAGCUAUCCAUGCACACGACACACGCGUCCCCACACGACACCGGUGCAACAUUGUUCUUGAGUGCGUCAACGCAAGCAGCCGACGCUGGCGAGACACUGUUGAGCUGUGGCAUGAUGUACCGGAUGAUGCUUUGAACCCACCGUGGGCUCUUGAACAGCCGCAGCGCAUCUUUGAUGUGUGAGUUAGGUGGCGCUGCAUACCGCACGUUCACGCGAAUGGCCAAGUCCAUCUUCUCCUUGGUUUCCCAACACAGCGCGCUCCCGUCGCGGCAAAAUCGGAAAUGCCAUCGUGGCGGCGUCCGUUUUUUGCGGUGCGG